CAGCUGAAAGAUUCUCGGAGACACGAAUGCUGCACUAGGACUUGCACAAUAUCCUGAGGCCGAAGAGCUUAUUAUAUGCAUUGGUUCUUGGAUAUGCGAUGCCAAAGAUACCGAAAUCCCACCUCAGAGGGGUACCCAAACAGCCACAGUGACGUCACCUCUGCUUUGUUCAGCCCUGAGCACCGUGAUAGGUAUGCACCUGAACUUAAGUUCUUGCUGGUCUAACGCGAAGGCAAGUCAUGUGUCUGGGAUAUGCAUGUCAGUCUCGAAGUUUGGAGAAAUGCGGGCUGUAUGCAGUACACAGUCUAAGUCUGAUACAGCCAUCGUUAUCGCGCGCACACAUGGGUGAAAGCCUAGAAACACGCUUCUGCGACACCUUAAUCGACACCCAUGACCGGGUUUCGGAAACGGAAGUCGAGGAUCAACUGCAACGCAGUGAGACCCAUGGACACACGUUUGUGGGCUCCUCGAAGUUCCUGUUUCUAGUUAACAUACAGGGUGAUGUCGCACUACACAGGAUAAGUAGACGGAUUGGUUUGACACAACCGAAUAACAGUGUUGUCAGCUUUCCAGAAUUGGAAUAUUUAUUAGGCAGGCUGUAUAAAACCUCACUGCGUUUCAUGACAGUGGCCUACCGGCAUUGCAACACAAAUGGAACGAGUGAUCUGCGAGGAACGCAUCCAUGGCGAGGCAGAGGGCUGGAUGAUGAUAUCAAGACACGGAGCUGAGCCGUGGCUUUUUAGAGCUUGCAGUUGACUGAUCAGGGGGAACUAGAUGUCCUUUUGCAGAUUCGGAGAUGAAGCGCUUUCGAGGGAACGUCAGUGCGGACUCCACUUCACUGUCGCUGUCGUGAACAAAUAUCACGUCUGUUGAACCGCAUGUGGUUACUAAGGGCGCUCCAUUUUUGCCCACCAAAGCAGUCGCCGCGCACUUUGCAGGAUCGUCACUGCCAGUUAUUUUUGCGUUGGGUUUCGUCGUGUGUCCGGUGCUUGCUUUGGCUGUGCUUUUCGAUGGUCGAUAAUCCAUGCCUUCCUCUUCAACGUGGCAGACUUCUACAGAAGCCCCCGCUUGCAUCAGAACGUCAAUCCAUACCUGUCAUGAUGCUCGUUUGAAUCCAUGACGUAUAGGUAAAGCGUUGUUAUACCUUUUGAUUUUCCAUGAGAGUAUCACCAGGACCUUUGACCUCCACAAAGAGGG